AACCGCGGAUGCCCGGAUGCCCGGGCUCCAGCUUCGCGGAAAGCCAAGGACCUGAUUCUGUUAGUCUAUUAAAAAUCUGUGAUGCAGUUCAUUCAUUUAAAAGAUUAAUAAAACUUAAAAAAAAUCACUGUAAACUACUUAAAGCAAAAAUUUUAAAAGUGGAAAAUAAGGUCACUGGAUUGCAAAAGGAGCUCUCAGAAACAAAAGAAGUGAAAUCACACUUAGAGCAUGAAAAAGUAGAACAGGAACAAGAGCUUUGCAAUCUAAGAUUUACCUUAAAACAAGAACAGGAGAAGAGAAAAAAUACUGAUUGGCUUUAUGAAAAAAUAGAGGAACAGUUAAGAGAAAAACAAGAGCAAUAUAAUAAAGAAGUUGAAGUGAAACAACAGCUUAAAAUAUCUCUUAGAACAUUAGAUAUGGAGUUGAAGACAGUAAGAAAGAAUUUGAAUCAGGUUUUAGAGGAACGAAAUGACAUCCAAAGGCAACUUUCUCAAAAAGAGAAUGUCAGAAUAUUACAAGAUGGGAUUCUUUGCAAACAAAAGGAGAUAGAAACGACGCAAGAGAAAAUGAGUUCUGAGUUGCAAGAAGCACAGAAUCAACACACAGAGGCUGUACGAUGUGCUGAAAAGAUGAAAGAUCGCCUACAAAAGCUUGAACUUAAAAAUUCCAAGUUAAAAGUUAUAAUAAAAAAGCAAGCAGAGAAAAAUGAACAGCUUCAGAAAAACCUGUUUAGUGCAAAUUUGGAGUUAUUAUCUAUGAAAUCUAUACAAAAAGAAUAUGAAAAACUAGAGAAGAAUAAAAAAAAGUUGGAACAAAAAGUAGAAAGACUCAAAAGCCAUAUUGAAAAGAAUAUGAUAAAACAUGAUCAAGUAAAACAGUAUGAAAAAGAAGUUCAAAAAAGAGCAAGACAAGAUUUAGAAGAAAAAUUAGAACAAAUCAAUCUAUUUUUACAGACACAGGCAGAAUCUCAACACUUACAGCAGAUAAGAGAAAAUAAUAGUGCUUCAAUAAAAGGCCAGAUGGAACUCCGAAUUAAACAUCUGGAAUCUGAACUGUUUAAAAUGAGAACUCAAGAAGAUUCUAAUAGAAAACAACUGGGAAUAUAUCAGGAAAUCUGUCUAGAAGGAUUCCAAAUUACAAAAUCAUUGUCAGAUGAACUAGACAAGACUAAUGAGAAGCUAAAGGAGGUCAAUACCAAACUUCUCAUAGAGAAACACUACAACAGAUCUUUACAACAUAGCACUCUUAGCACAAGGCCUGUCUCUGAGUGUCAUUGUACUGUAAAUCAUGAUUGCUUUGUAUUCGACAGAAGUUUUACUCCAAGAAGAAAUUUAGUGGCUCCUACCUCAAACCCAUGGCCUUCAAAUGAAAGCAUGCAGAAUCCUAGGGUCUGGCAGGAGUUGCAAGAAAAUAUAACUAGAGAAGUAACAGAAGAAGCACUCAUCGGCACAGGACUUUACAACCUAUUCUUCCCCAACCAGACUUCAAUCUGACCAGAACUCCAAAGCUGCCCCCUACCCACAUCACCCCCUCUCAGCUCUGAAGAAGCCAGAACGAUCGUCGCCCCUUUUUCUUACAAGAAUGAAGCCAGAAAUAGAUAGUCAAUAUAGAUAGGUAAAUCGAGUCAGGUCAGAUAAAGCCAGUUUUGGGUGACUCCAGGAAGUUGGGGACUAUUACCUGAGAUAUUAAAAUUCCUUCAGAGCUUUUCCUCUACCUAUCAAAGAUUUGAAAGGGACCCUUAAGACAAGGGGGGAAUGAUGAACCCAGACUAAUUCCAUGUUAAGUUUGGGAGCCAUCUCAUCACAAAGUCAUGAAGAGUUAAUUUCUGUUUUACUGUAAAUUACUGCAAUUUGUAAACUUGCUUGGGAUGGCUACCCAUGCCUUGACUUCAUCCAUGCCAGGCUUUCCCUGACCAGAAAACAACCCUCUCUGAAACUUUAGUGGUGCCUCAUAAAUUCUGAUUUUCCCUGACCAGAUAACAAACCUCUCUGAAACCUCAAUGGCACCUCAUAAAUUCUGGUGUUGGGAUCUAAAUUUAUUUAAAUGUUGAGCCAUUUAGAUCAUUAGCCUACUAUCUGUGUCUGUAUUAUGCUUGUCAAAAUCCUGUUAUCUAUAAGCUCUCAAGACACCCCCCCCCUUUUGAAAAUUUUUGUGCUUUAAAACCAUGCUCCUAGAGAGCUGGGGUACUGUUCUCUAGCCAAGGGUUUUUCGGGAGAGACAGUCUGUCAGAAUUACAAGCUUGCUUUAAUUUGAUUUAAAAUUGGAGUCAGCACUCUUUUCUUUGCAUUGUGGUUUAACAUUAAGACCAAAUUUGAGUCUUAUGAUCAAGUAGUUGAAAUUAUGAACAUAUGUAAUGGAGAUGGCCACUGAGUUGGAUUUGAUCUUAAAGAUUAUCAUUUCUACUGACUCAAAAUUUGUAAUUCCAUAUUGCCAGUCACUAAUACCAAGGUAAAAGAUUUAAUUCUGUCUUGUGGUCUCCAAUUGGCUUCUGUGUCUAUUUUGAGGGAAAGUAAAGAGUCACAAAAUCAACCUAACUGCUGAUUAAGAGAGUCAUACUUCUAGAAUGAGACCUUCAGUGUUCAGGUAUAAACAGCAACUUUAUUACUUGUUUCAUUUCAAUGUACUAGGUAUUAUUAAAAAAUUGUAAGCAUUAUUAAAUUUUUUUACACAUUUACUGUAUAUGUGUGACACUAUCAUAGUACAUAAUUUGAACUAAAAUUUGAGACUUUGUUUUUAUUUCUGAUUGAUGUUUAUUGAUUUUGGCAUUUAAAGUUUACCUACCCUUGUUACUGAUCUUUAGAAAAAACAAAUGUACUAUAAGGGCUCAGUAUUUAAGAUAUAAUGAGAUAAAAUCUUUUUACCUGAGAAAGCCUCUGUAAUAUUAAAAAAUACCUAAUUCAUCUUAGGUAAUUUUAACACAUAUGAGUUAAGUUUAGUUCUAACAAACAGGGGCAAUGUUAAAUUUCUUUGUUCAUGUUUUUCUCCUAUUUUAGCCUAAAAUAAAUUAUAUUUCAUUUCUUCAUGAGACUUCAGUGAUUUAGGAGUACCUAAGCACAUGUUGGGAGUUUUAACAGUUAAAUUGUAAUUAUUUUAUGAUUUUUCUUUGUCCAUUUUUAAAUUUUCUUUUUAAUUUAUUUAAAAAUAGAUUUUUUUACAAAAAAAAGUCCUGAAAGAAAAGAAAUGUGACAAACCUAAACAAGCAAAUUAAUCUUCCACUUGCACAUCUGCAAAAUUUAUCUCCAUGACCAGAUAUGAAAGCUUAUGCUAGAGAGGAGGUAUCUGUUUAUUCAAGGCUAACUUACAUGAGGAAAUGAUGACACAAGACAAGUUGUAAUGGGAAAAAAAAAUAAUGUACAAGUCAUCACAAGUGAGUUAAACCAGAAGUUCAGUGAAAUUGGGGGAAAAAAUCAGAAUUACUGUUUGCCCUGAGCAAGAGCCACCACUUAACUCAAAAGGAUAUACUCUCUAAUUUUAAAAAGAAAAUCUUGGUUAUCUGGAGGAAACAUAUUCAGAGUGUCUGUCACUGUGGUAUUUGAGACAAGAGUAUCUUCUAAGUUUUAUUUAUGUGAAAAUAAAGCAGAGUAUCAAAAUAAAAAACCAAAAACUGAACAUUCAUAACACAAUGAGAAUUAUUAUAAUAAUACAAAAAAGGAAUCUUUAAGUAUUUACAUUUGAAAUGAAGUAAGACCAAGAGUUUGAUAUGCAAAUGAAAAAAUAUUAACCAAAAUACCACUAAUUAUAAGAAAUAAGAGAGAUAUACCUAAGUCUAGUAAAACAAAAAGCCUUUAUUUGUAGCUUAAAAAGAAUCAAAAUGGAUCAAGGACCUAGGAAUUAAACUAGAGACUCUGCAUCUAAUAGAAGAAAAAAGUAGGCCCUAAUCUUCAUCAUGUGG